GGCGGACGAGGUCUGGAGCUGCCUGCAGCUCUGGGCAGGACCCCGGGGAAAGGCAGGGCUGCUCGCCCGGGUGACGAGGAGUCCCCGCAGUCGAUAGGCACCGUGCCAGUGUCGCUCACCAGCCGUCUUUGCAGGCAGGCUAGCCCGGCAGACCGGCUGCGGUGCUGGCAGGAGCCGGCUGGCCUGCCCGCAGCUCUGUCUCUGCCCCAUUUAUAUAGGCAACCACGGAGGUGGAGCUGAGCUCUUCCCUCUCCCUCAGCAUCCCGGGGCAGAGGACAGCAAACACUCGGGAUAGCUAGUAACGGGACCGGCAUCAGCCUUCGCUGGGACAAGAUGGGGAGGAAGCUGGACCUCUCCAAGCUAACCGACGAAGAGGCCAAGCACGUUUGGGAGGUUGUUCAACGAGACUUUGACCUGCGGAAGAAAGAGGAGGAACGGCUGGAGGAGCUGAAAUGCAAGAUCGACCAGGAGAGCAGCAAGAGAGAGUUCCUGACAAACCAGUCCCACCUCAAUGAAACCCACUGUGUCCACUGCCUCCAGCCCUUCAAGUUCCUGCUGAACAGCAAGAGGCAGUGCCUGGACUGCCACUUCUACACCUGCAAGAACUGCAGCCGCUACAACAAGAAGGAACAAGGCUGGGUCUGCGAUCCCUGCCGCCUCUCCAGGAUUGUGAAGAUCGGUUCCCUGGAGUGGUACUAUGAACACGUGCGAUCCCGUUUCAAGAGGUUUGGAAGCGCCAAGGUGCUGCAGUCCCUCUAUGGUAGGCUGCAGCCAGGGCGUGGGCUGAACUCUGCAUUUCUAGGUCUUCAUGACAGAGUUUACAGCCUGCCAGACAUUAACAGUGAAUGCCACCUCCUCACCAGUGGUGACAUUGGGGAUGACAGUGAUGAUGAAGACAGUGUACUUCGUGGAGCUGAAGCAGAGUGCUACAGCAGAAUGCGCAAGACAAAGCGCCUGCUGUCUGUCCACCCCUUUGAUUUUGAACUGGACUCAGAGUACUCUGCUCAGUCUCGUCGCCAGUCUGUGCAGCUCUCUCCAGCAGCCAGCAGUCCGGAUGCUUUCCAGUCCUUCACAGAUUUUCCCAACUCAGCUGAAGACGCCUCCCAGGACUCCAGGAUCACAGAUGCAGAUCUGGUCUUCCACCACGUCUUGCAGGAACAGGGACCAGGCAUGAGCCCUCCAGAGCAGCACUUCAGCACAGAGGUUCGACUCACUGUGAAUUCACGGAGAAGAAGCCUGGAAAGAAAUGCAAAACCUGGCAGCUCCUGGAAUGAGCAGCCCCGAUCCCGGUACUCUGCAGAUAUGGACACCUCUGAUGAAGAUGUGAAGGGAGCCCACGUCCCUGCCUACCCACCCCAUCACAUGAAACGCCGCAACAGAGCUUCCUCCCAGGAGAAUGGCAGCCACUCUGGGAAUCAGAUUCAUGAGCUCAACAAACGCAUGUCCGCAAUCGAACGUGUGCUGAAUCGCUUGGAGGAAAAAAUCCUGGUGCGCUCUGAUGAGUCUCCAGCCCCAGAGUCCCAGCUUGAUCCUGAUGCCGAGGAGGAAGAGCUGAAGAGGAAGCUGGAGGAAUUAGCCAGCAACAUCAGUGACAAAGAAGUCUCUUCUGAAGAAGAGCAUGAAGAGAAGAGGAGAGCAAAGAAACCAGAGAUGAGUUCCUCCAGUGAUGACAUGGCCAGAGAUGUUCAAAAGAGGUCGUCAGCUCAGGCUUUGAGUGAAAUCACAGCCAAAGUCCUGAGAGCCAUAAACGCCACGGAGACAGCGGUGUGUGAGUCGUUGCAUGGAGAGAGCCAGUGCAACACUGGCUGUGGCCUCCCCACAGGGCAGCUUCCCAGCCUGGGAGACGGGAAAGAGGUGGCCGAAGCAUACCGUGAGCUUGAAGAAAACGUGUACCUGACAGCUGGGAAGACUUACCAGCUUGAGAAGACCCUGAAGGAGCUUGAGGAAGGGACUCAGCGCAGCGGCACAACCGACUCAGAGCUGUCAGAGCUGGAGGACAAAGUGGCCUCAGCAGCCACUCAAGUGCAGCAGGCAGAGAGCGAGGUGUCAGACAUUGAAUCUCGAAUUGCAGCUCUGUCCGCAGCAGGGCUCACAGUGAAGUCGGUGGAAAAGGCAAGGAAGAAGUCGAGUGGGCAGGUGAGCUUGGAGGCUGCCUACCUCCACUCUCCCGGUCCCACCAGCAGCAGUGCAGGGGAGUCUUCAGAUGAUGUUAAAGCAAUGCCCAGGCUGCAGGGAUUCAGAAGGAAGUUCAACAGUCCCCUCCAAAUCACCAGUUUUGAUGACUCCUUUGACCGCAACUCCAUUUACCGUGGCUCCCUGACCCAGAGAAACCCCAACGGGAAGAACAGGAGAGUGGAGAGGCUCUUUGCGAAGCCUGUGAUGACACACCUGUCCUGAGGAGAGGGGGACCCUCCUGCCACCGCAUUUCAUUGAUCACACAAGACCUCCGCACAAAGCCUCACCACUGUCUUCCCAGUGCUUGCUCUUUCUUCUCACAUGCCCAUCUCUCCCUGAAACCCUGUACAGGAGGGAAGCUGGGAGCCAUGGGUAGGAGGUCUUGCUGUGAGCUGCCAGGGAGAGGAGUGAAGCAUUGGGGUGCAGACACAUGGCCAGAGGCUCUAAUGGGAGGAUGCAGGCAUGAGACCUUGUCUUUGGACAACUCUUUGGUACCAGGUCAACAAAAGGGACCAGGUGCACGCAGAGCAGGAGUGACCUCCUUGGAAAGAGAUGCAUGUCAGUGUUGCUUUCUGGUAUGGGGACUGGGAACAGUGACAAAGCCUUCACUUGACAAAAGCUGUCAGUGCCUGCCCCUAUUCUCUCUUAGGUUGAUACUGAGCAGGGACAGGAGCUGACAGCACUUACAAGAUGCU